CGAGCUAACGCUAUUACAUUAAUUUCUUCUAAUCUCUAUACUUUAAAAUUAUUUACCUUACGUUAUAUAAAUAUAACUGACACUACUUUAGAUAAAACAAUCGUAACGUUGCGCUGUCGCUAAAUUUGAUCUGGUUUUUUUUUUUUUUUUUUUUUUUUUUUUUAACAUCCGCGACUAGCUUGUAGCCCGUAGCCCGCUAGCAUCACCUACCGCUAGCCUUGUUUACGUUUCACAUUUCUCACUUACCGCUGUUCUGUUUAAAAAAAAAAAAAAAACAAACAUGUCUGCUGUCUCUCCGGUUUUGAGUGCAGAUGAGGACUCGCUCGAGCUUCACAUGGUGCGGCUGGAACUGGAGGAUGUGGAGAAGCAGAUCCGCGGCCUACUCGACAAGCAGGCCCAGCUGCUGGAGCGACAAACUGCGCUGGAAACAUCUUGUGCCUCUGCCCAUAUAUCCAAGGUAAGCACACAGCGUGGUAUUUCCACUCCCAGCCCCUCUACGCCGUGUGUUUCUCUGUGCAGGGACCGUGCACCUAGGACUUUCCCAGCCGUGGUCUCCGUCACGCCGGCGCCAACACACCUCGGGCCUUGGGUGAACCAGCGGCGGAAGGCGCGGGCUGGACCCUCUCCACCUCCGGUGUUCGAGAUUCCAACCAGGAACCGCUUCGCCCCUCUCCGCCAGACCAGACCCAACGCUGUGAUCGUCGGGGACUCCAUUGUGCGGAACGUCCGUGUAGCCUCAUCUAAAGGUAAGGUGCGCACACACUGUUUUUCUGGUGCUUGUGUCCUUGAUGUCGCUGCGCAGGUAUCCGGGAUCCUGAAGAAGGACGAGCGCAUUGGAGCGGUUGUGCUGCACGCGGGGACGAACGACACCAGGCUGCGGCAGACGGAGGUUCUGAAGAGGGACUUCUCCAGCCUGAUCGAGACGGUACGAGGCAGAUCACCCACCGCGAAGAUCAUCGUCUCUGGACCUCUUCCCACAUACAGACGUGGAGCAGAAAAGUUCAGUAGACUUCUAGCAUUAAAUGAUUGGUUAGUCUCUUGGUGUAAUGAGCAGAAUCUGGUGUUUGUCAAUAACUGGAAUCUGUUCUGGGAGCGUCCUAGGUUGUUUCGUCCUGAUGGCCUGCACCCCAGCAGCCUUGGAGCGGAACUGCUAUCAGACAACAUUUCCAAGGCGCUACACUCCAAGUGACUGCCUAGCCCCCACAUGAAUUUAUGGAGAUACUAGAGAUCCAGAUCCUUUCUGCCUCUGGAUGGAGCUCAAAUCUUCUCUAAUUCCAGACUGCUGGGACUACGGCUGCUCCUAAGGCCAUACAGACUUCAUAUAAAUCCAUAAUGAACUUUUUCACACUAUCUGUUGUUACCCAGAUGAGGAUGGGUUCCCUUCUGAGUCGGGUUCCUCUCAAGGUUUCUUCCUCUUAAAACAUCUUAGGGAGUUUUUCCUUGCCACCGUCGCCACUCAGUGGCUUGCUCAGUUGGGAUAAAUUCGCACCUUUAAUAUCUGUAUACCAUGUUGAUAUUUCUGUAAAGCUGCUUUGAGACAAUGUCU